UCUGCUCACUCUGCCUUUCCUUGGGGUCAGUUGCAGGAACCAUCUCUCUACACUGUCAAAGCAGUUUUCAUCCUGGAUAAUGAUGGACAUCGGCUUCUGGCCAAGUAUUAUGAUGACACAUUCCCCUCCAUAAAGGAGCAGAAGGCCUUUGAGAAAAAUGUCUUCAACAAGACCAAUAGAACUGAUAGUGAGAUUGCCUUUUUCGGGGGCAUGACCAUUGUCUACAAGAGCAGCAUUGACCUUUUCCUGUAUGUCGUAGGCUCAUCCCAGGAGAAUGAGCUGAUGCUCAUGUCUGUUCUCACCUGCCUGUUUGAUUCUCUAAACCAUGUGUUACGGAGGAACAUAGAAAAACGCUCGUUGGUGGAGAACAUGGAUGGAGCCUUCCUAGUGGUGGAUGAGAUCGUGGAUGGAGGGUAA